UCAAAAAUGACAAAAAAUAAAAAAAAAAGAGCGGGAGCGAGUUUUUAUAUCUCACUUUCCAUUAUCAUUUUCGCUUUCAAUUUCUGAACUCGCCUUGUUAACUCAGUAACCGAUUCAAUGCUUCGUGAACUCACCGUACUUGGCGAGUUCAAGCCAUUUGGUUUAAUAGCUGAAGCUCUCGACGGCAAACCUCUUGAUAAUAAUAAUGUCGUCACUGAUAAGUACGAUUACUUUCUUUUUGACCCUGACAUCGUCAGAGACCGAGACGAAAUGAACGAUUCCGAUAUUUCUGCAUCUCCUUUUAGCGACCAAUGUGAUCAUGAACUCUUCAUUAGAGGAAACAGGAUAAUAUGGUCCACAGGUUCACGAGUUUUCAAGAGAUUUACCUCUCCCUCCCCUGUUAAAAUGGCAUGCUGGUGUCAUCUGGGUGAGAUGUCUGAGGCUUUGCUUUGCAUCUUGCAAAUUGAUUCUCUAACAAUAUACAAUAUAUCAGGCGAAGUAGUAUCCAUUCCCCUCCCCUGUACCAUUACAUCAAUAUGGCCUCUUCCAUUUGGUUUGCUACUCCAGCCAGCAGCUGAAGGGAGUUCACCAAUGCAAUCAACUUUUUUAUCCACAAAUCCUUUAUUAGGUGCACGUGAUAUAUCCUCUCUUAGAAGAGAAAUUGGACACAGUCCGCAACAAAAUGUCACUUUUUCCAAUGCAUUUGAUAAUGUGAUCAAAGCAGACACAGUAACCUUGUCCUCUCAUCUGAUUCUGAAGGAUCUGCUGGAAGAGCCACAGUCAACUUAUAUUGAAGAAAGAGGAAAGUUGAACAUAAUGAAGGAUUUUGAUGAAAAAACAAUUUGGACAAGUGAUCAAAUUCCUCUAAUGGCUUCAUACAACAAAGGAAAGUUGCAGCAUUCAGUGUGGGUUGUUGAAGUCAUCAAUUCCAACCUUGAAGACGCAAAUGCUAGUUCGAUUGACGAGAUUCCCACUGGUGUAGUAGCUAAACAGUUCUCCUUGCGUAGAAUAUGGCAAGGGAAGGGUGCCCAAGCAGCUGCUUGUAAGGUGUUUCUGGCAACUGAUGAUGAUGCUGCUCCUGUUCUUUGUUUUCUUCUUCAAGAACAGAAGAAAUUGUUGUCAGUAAGGCUUCAAAGUCUUGAAAUCAAUAAUGAGAUAAUCUUUGAUGUUAAACCUGACAUGAGCUGGAGCAUAUCUGCAACUGCAGCUGCACCAGUGAUUAUAACACGCCCAAGAGUGAAAGCCGGACUGCUUCCGUAUUCAGACAUUGUUGUUUUGGCUCCAGAAAACACACUUCUCCUCUAUUCGGGGAAGCAAUGCCUGUGCAAGUAUUUCAUGCCUUCUUCUUUGGGUAAAAGUCAUGACUUAAAGAUUCUAGGAUUGGCUGAUGCUGUGGAGGGGCGUGUGAAUUUAAUAACAAAUAAUGGGCAGAUGUUUCGAUGUGCAUUACGAAGAAAUCCUUCAUCUUCAUUGGUGAAAGAUUGCAUCACAGCAAUGGCUGAGGGGCUCACUUCCAGUUUCUAUAAUCAUUUCCUUGUUCUUCUUUGGGGAGAGAAUGAUUCUGACUACUUGUCAAGGGCUGAUUCUACUGUUGAUUCUGAAUGGGACUCAUUUUCAAGUGUUAUACUUAGAAUGUGUGUAAAGUCUAGUGCAACUUCUCUGAAGCCUUCUAAUUUACUUCCAGUUUCAUCCUGGGAGUUCCUUCUUAACAGCAGAUUUCACAAGAACUAUACAAAACUUAAUUUCAUUACUGGAUAUUCUUCUGCAACAUCACUGUCUGUUGGGGAAAUGAAUUCUUCUGGAUCAAAUACAAAGGAUAAACAAAGUUCAGAAGAAUCAUUUUACUUUGACCUAUUACAGGGGAGUUUGGAUUGUCUGCAUGCAUUAUAUGAAAGUCUGAAAUUGGAUAAUCUUCGCAAUCGGGACUUGGAGCUUCUGGCAGUUCUGUUAUGCAAAAUGGCCAAGUUCCUUGGCAAAGAAAGUUAUAUAGAUCAUUAUGUUCGUGAUUUCCCUGGACUUUAUAAGAAAAUUGGGAUGUGCACAGUAUCUCUUUCCCAGAAAGCUCCUCCUAGCAUAUUCAGAUGGCUUGAAAACUGUUUGAAACUUGGUUGCACUUCUGCUAAUAGAAAUGAUCUGCCACCUUUAAUUUAUAAAGAUGGAAGUUCUGUAGUGAGCUGGGCACGGAAGAUAGUCUCCUUCUACAGUCUAUUAUGUGGAGCUAAACAGAUAGGGAAACAGCUAUCUUCUGGUGUUUACUGCAGUGUUGCUUUGGGAUCGUAUUGCACUAGCGAGGAGCUCACUGUCUUGGCAAUGGUUGGAGAAAAAUUUGGACUGCAGCAGCUUGACUCACUACCUUCUGGUGUUUCUCUUCCUUUGCGACAUGUGUUGGAUAAGUGCCGAGAAUCUCCACCAACUGAUUGGCCUGCAGCAGCAUAUGUUCUUCUUGGUCGUGAAGAUCUGGCCAUGUUACGUUUAACCCAUUCCCACAAAUCUAAGGAACUUGAAACUCAAUCCAAAGCGAAUUUAAUAUCCAUGUCUGCACCUUACAUGCUACAUAUGCAUCCUGUGACAAUUCCUUCUGCCGUUUCUGAUUCAACUGGACUGGAUGCCUCCAAGUUUGAUGAUACAGAAUCUGCUGAUGGGUCCAUGAUGGAUGGUAUGGAGCACAUCUUCAACUCUAGCACUCAGUUGCAGUAUGGUCGAGAUCUGCGAUUGAAUGAGGUUAGACGCCUUCUGUGCUCCGCAAAACCUGUGGCUAUCCAAACAUCUGUUAAUCCCAGUGCCUCUGAUCAGGAUAUCCAACAGGCUCAAUUGUGGCACCUGGCACAGAGGACCACUGCUCUUCCUCUGGGCCGUGGGGCAUUUACUUUGGCAACAAUAUCAACUCUUUUAACAGAGGCCUUUACUGUCCCAAAGCUUGUUUUAGCAGGUCGGUUGCCUGCUCAACAAAAUGCAACUGUUAACCUGGACCCUAAUAUAAGGAAUAUACAAGAACUUAAAUCUUGGCCCGAGUUUCAUAAUGCUGUUGCUGCUGGACUAAGGCUGGCCCCACUUCAGGGAAAAGUGUCAAGAACAUGGAUUAUGUAUAACAAACCUGAGGAACCAAAUGUUAUUCAUGCUGGACUUCUUCUUGCCUUAGGAUUACAUGGUUAUCUGCGUGUUUUAAUUAUUACAGACAUAUACACCUAUUUCACCCAGGAACAUGAGAGCACAACUGUAGGAUUAAUGCUUGGCCUGGCUGCUUCUUAUAGGGGGACAAUGCAACCGGCAGUAUCAAAGACACUUUAUGUGCACAUACCUGCUCGACAUUCUUCUUCAUUUCCAGAGUUGGAAUUACCAACCCUUCUGCAGUCAGCAGCAUUAGUGUCUGUUGGGCUUCUUUAUGAAGGAUCAGUGCACCCACAAACAAUGCAAAUUCUUCUGGGUGAAAUGGGUCGUAGAAGUGGAGGUGAUAAUGUACUUGAAAGGGAGGGCUAUGCUGUUUCUGCAGGAUUUGCUUUGGGUCUUGUUGCAUUGGGUCGAGGUGAAGAUGCACUUGGUUUCGUGGACAGUUUGGUUGAUCGGUUGUUCAACUACAUUGGUGGGAAGGAAAUUCAUAAUGAAAGACCCCUUUUCUUGACACCACCGACUGAUGAACACAAUCGUGGCAUUGGGCAGAUGAUGGAUGGAACUGCAGUAAAUGUUGAUGUUACUGCACCUGGAGCUAUAAUUGCUCUAGCUCUAAUGUUUUUGAAGACUGAAUCAGAGACAAUUAUAUCAAGGCUUUCUAUUCCUCAGACUCAUUUUGAUUUGCAAUAUGUGAGGCCUGACUUUAUAAUGCUUCGAGUCAUUGCCCGAAAUUUGAUAAUGUGGAGCAGGGUGCAACCCUCCAAAGACUGGAUCCUCUCCCAGAUUCCUGAGAUUGUCAAAUCUGGUGUUGAAGGCAUCGGGGAUGACACUAGUGAUAUUGAUGAAAUGGAUGCAGAAACCUUUGUCCAGGCAUAUGUAAAUAUAGUGGCAGGAGCAUGUAUAUCUCUAGGUUUGAGAUUUGCUGGUACAAGGGAUGGAAAUGUGCAGGAAUUACUCUAUGGAUAUGCUGUUUAUUUUCUAAAUGAGAUCAAGCCUAUUUCUGCUACAAAUGGAAAAAAUUAUCCCAAGGGGUUGUCUCGCUAUAUUGAUAAGGGAACCUUGGAAAUAUGCCUUCACCUAAUUGUUCUUUCCUUAUCCGUGGUUAUGGCUGGUUCUGGACAUCUACAGACAUUUCGGUUGCUGAGAUUCCUUCAGAGCCGCAGCUCUGCAGAUGGUCAUGCUAGUUAUGGUAUUCAAAUGGCAGUAAGCUUGGCACUUGGCUUCUUGUUUCUCGGGGGAGGAACACGGACAUUUUCAACAAGCAACAGUUCUAUUGCUGCUUUACUAAUUACUCUUUAUCCACGUUUGCCUACUGGACCGAAUGAUAAUCGCUGCCACCUUCAGGCAUUCAGGCAUUUAUAUGUCCUUGCAACAGAGGCUCGCUGGAUUCAGACUGUUGACGUUGACAGUGGUCUACCUGUCUAUGCCCCUCUUGAAGUUACUAUUAGGGAAACUGAACAUUAUGCAGAAACAAGUUUUUGUGAAGUAACUCCUUGCAUUUUGCCUCAACGUUCUGUUUUGAAGAGUGUACGUGUUUGUGGCCCUAGGUAUUGGCCCCAAGUGGUGGAGCUUGUCCCUGAAGAUAAACCUUGGUGGAGUUCUGGGGACAAGAAUGACCCAUUUAAUUCGGGUGUUCUCUACAUCAAACGAAAGGUUGGAGCUUGUUCUUAUGUGGAUGAUCCCAUAGGGCGUCAAUCACUACUAUCACGAGCAAUGCACAAGGUUUUUGGUUUGACGAGUACAAAGGCAAGUUAUCCUGUCGCCAGUGGCUACAGUGGAUUGGGUGCCGUUACGGUUGAUCAGUUAGUCAGUACAUUCUCUUCUGAUCCAAGCUUAAUUGCCUUUGCACAACUUUGCUGUGACCCUUCCUGGAAUAGCAGAUCGGAUAUUGAUUUCCAGGAAUUUUGCUUGCAAGUAUUAUAUGAGUGCAUUAGCAAAGAUAGACCAGCUCUUUUGCAGGUUUAUUUAUCAUUAUACACUACAAUUGGGUCCAUGGCUGACCAGGUUAAAGAUGGUACUUUUGUUUUUCGAGGCUCACUCACUAUUUCUAGUUUGAAGGUUGCACUGACCUACAAUGAGGCUCUUCUGAGUGGAAGAUUGUCAUCUUCAAAAGGUGGCGUUAUUCAAUCAAUCUUUCUAGGGUCUUUAGGGAAGCAGGUAGAAGAGCUUCUAACAUAUUCUGAGGAAAUGAAAAAUGAUUUAUGCAACUACUUGACUUCAGCAAGAUGGCCUGAUGAUGAAACACAAGGAGAGAAGAGUUCAGUACUUCUUUCAUGGUAUCUUCAAUGGUUUGGAGUCCCAGAUCCAUCUAUGAUCUGGAUGGCAGCAGAGAAAAUCAAGCCCAAGCUUGUGUCGUCAUCUUCGGUUCCAUUUUUGCGCUUGUUAUUUCCAACUACUCACAUCAAUGCAAUUGGUGAAAUAGAUAAAUACUUGUUUACUUCUCAAGUCACCAGAUGAGGUUUUUCAGAACUGGGCUUAUCAUGUUACAUAACUUAUGGAUAGCUGUUGAAAUCCCACAUUUCUUGGAGAAGUUUCGCAUUGGGUCUCAUGAGGAGGAAAGCAGGACUGUAAGUUAUAUUUCUUGAUAGCUUUCUUGUGAAGCUUUUACAUGUUUUGCAAGGUUUCAGAAGGAACAAGAAAAUUGUAAGUGUCUCUGCAUCAGAAAGCAAGAGAAGUCGCAGCAGGGUUGGAGGCUCUGUAUUGUUUAUCAUGAUUCUGGGACUAAAUUGUCGAACGACUGCGCUAUUAUUAGCCUAUUGAAGAUCUACCAGUCGGCAUGUGGAAUUACCCUUUUGUAUAACUUUGUGCAUUUGUAAGAUGUAAAUGUAAAAUGCUUAUGAACAAAUGCAAACAUAUUUCCAUAAAAACAAUUUAUGAUAUCAACUAUGAAAUACAAUAAAAAAGUCUUUCUCUUGCUAGAACAAAA